AUGGGAUUAAAGCCAGACUUUCUCGAAGCUUUUGCGAGUACUGUGAUGGAACAUGAAAAACUCCAGAUCACAGAUGCGACUAUGCUUCUAAAAGAGCAAGAAUCCUCUGUAUUUAAUAUCGGUUCACCCCAAAUCGUACACAAGACUGGGCAGCAUUCGGAUGUGAAACUCAAUGGUCUACCGAAUAAGGACCCUACGAAUGAUGUUAAUCAAAGCUCCAGUGAUGUGCAAAGGCCCUUGCACGUCCAAGUGAAUGGAUUUGGGAAGGCUCCAGCACAACCACUUUCCUCGUCCUCAGCGCAUGGAACACAUUUUCCGCCGUCGCCUGCCCCUUCGCGCGAUGAUAAAUCUGCAACGAGUUCAUUGGGUUCUGCUAAGGCACUUGUUUCUCCACCACCUGUACCAUCUCCAAGCUCCAGAAGCAAGACUCAACCUCCACCACAAAAUCCUCCUGGGAUCACUGGGGCGUCAGGCCCCUUACUGCCAAACGCUACUACAUCACGGCGUGAAGUGGAGGUAACCAGACGAAAGACUGUUGUCGACAAAAUAAACAAAGGAAGAGAGCACAAUGCUUUCACAUUUUUUGUCUCAGGGUUCGAGUCUCAGACGGCUACUCAACUGGCCAUGGCCGCCAGACGUUUGAAAUCGGUUGCUGAAGAGAAAAUGCCUCGCCAUAUGGUUACAAAAGUUUUCGGUGAAGAUGAGGCGAGAAUUGUGAAGAAACGAUCCGCUCAAGUGCAGCUGCCACGACCAAGACCACUUCUGGCAAGUCAGGAAUACGAUGACAGCACUGAUCUUUCGGACAUAGAAGUGAAGGAGAAGGUUGAAACAGUUGUCAUGAAGUAUGGACUGAUGAAAGCUACUAUGAGCUAUAAAAUGGCUGAAAAUUCAAUGCAAAUCGAGAAUAUAAGCCGACAGGUUGAGGAUCUGGAUGGGUUCCUGUGCGUGGACGGUCAAGUGCCAUCGUGCUCGGCGGCUUUGGAUCCUCAGUCUUGUGCCAGAAUCCGUCCUGUAGAUGUUCGGUAUACGCUUACGCGAAGGAAUCGUUAUACCCAUCAAUUCCGUGCCGGAUGCGCUGGUUUUGGUUUGAACCAGGCUAACUCGUUCGGAACUACUGGCGCCUGCGCGCUAAAUAUGGCUCAAGUCACCUGUCCUCCUUUACGAUAUGCCGAAGCAUUUGCGAGAAUGGCUUCAAUGAAUCCCGCGUUUGCGAUUAGAUCGAGAAUUGAUGUUCCUUUCUGGUUGAACAGGGAAGCGAUAGGUGUAGAGCGGCGAAGAUGUGCUCCUGUACAAUUCGACGACGCAGAGGAGAUAGAACGAGGGCAAACUAUCUCUAAGUCGAAGAAAAUGCGAAUGAAUGUGAGGAGUUCUGUAUCGUCGACCGAUUCUUCAUCUAUUGAAGACAGCGAGGAAGAGCGAAAGGACAAAUCUUACACAGCCGGGGGAUACAGCGAAAAAAGAAGACACGAAAUCCGUCGAGCGAGAAACAAAAAGAAGCAACGCAGGCGAGCGCGAAGGCUAUUAGGGGUUGAGUCAGAUACGGAGUCAGAUUCGAGCAUAGAUUCAUAUUUCAAAGUCAGAGUGGAAAUGCCCAAGUAUUCUGACAUCGAAGUACCAAGGUGGCGGAAGCUGUCGAACGAAGAACUCGCCGCAAUUACGAGUCAUCCUGAGCCCUGUUCGUGUUGCAGUUCGACUCGCUUAGAGACUUUGGUGGCGAGGAAACACUUGCGGUUAGCAAAUGAGGAGCGACUUUAUUUUGAGGGGAAACGUCGUGAAAUGCCUUCUUUGGACUCCGAUGAUAACUCUGAGGUGGAAGGAGCUGACUUGACACCAUUGUUGCAAUGCACUUUGACCGAGUCCGAGCGGGCCCUGUACGAUCGUUCAGCCCAAGCUCCUGGUGGACGGGAAGCUCUCCAAAAGCCGCGAUGA